AUGGUUGCUCGGAAGUUCCAAGUUCAGCACAAUGGCUCCACUUUCGAUCUUGACUACGACACCGAUGAUGGCUUCGAAGUCCUCAAGUUCCAGCUUUUCUCUCUCACCUCAAUUCCUCCUGAUGAACAAAAGAUAUUUGGAGGAGACGAUGAAAGAACUGUAUCGGAUGAUUCUGAUCUUGAGAUGAUUUCUCAUAAAUUGCGGUUAUUGUCAAUCGAUGAGGUUGAAAAGGAAAAAACGGAACCUGAUUUUGCAAAAUCCGAUGAAGAGUUAGCUCGGUUGCUGCAGGCAGAAGAAGAAGCACUAAUGAUGCAACAAUUUGUUGCAAGUGAAAAUAAGGAGCAGGUCGAGCAGAGGAUACGGCCUUAUGUUGAUCAAGUUCUAAUGUAUGAAGAUCCACAUAGACAGGAGGCAGCCCGAAAAACUGUACCUGUGGACAAACUAGAGGAGAAAGCACUGAUUGCCUUGGCCAGGGAGGGAAACUUCAAACCAACAAAAAAUGAACAAGAUCACGCGUUUCUGCUGCAGCUUCUGUUCUGGUUCAAGCAAUCAUUCAGGUGGGUAAAUGCUCCUCCUUGCGACAGUUGCAACAAUGAGACAGUAAGUCAAGGGAUGGGAAUAGCUAAUCCAUCAGAAUCACUUUACGGAGCUUCUCGAAUUGAACUUUAUCGCUGCAAGUUAUGCUCAAAUGUAACUCGCUUCCCAAGAUACAAUGACCCAAUGAAGCUUUUGGAAACAAGGAAGGGACGCUGCGGGGAGUGGGCUAAUUGCUUCACCCUCUAUUGUCGAGCCUUUGGCUAUGAAUCUCGGUUGAUCUUGGAUUUCACUGAUCAUGUUUGGACAGAAUGCUUCUCGUCAUAUUUAGGAAGAUGGAUGCAUCUUGAUCCCUGUGAGGGAAUAUUUGACAAUCCACUGUUAUAUGAGAAGGGCUGGAAUAAGAAGUUGGACUACGUAAUUGCUAUAGCCAAAGAUGGAGUCUAUGAUGUCACUAAGCGUUAUACAAGGAAGUGGCAUGAUGUUCUGUCUAGAAGAGUCAUGACUACAGAAUCUACUCUUGCAGCUAUUAUCUUCAAUAUCACAAGAGAAUGUCGUAAAAACAUCAUGCCUGAGAUGCUUAUAAAUCUUGAUAAACGUGAUAGGAGUGAAACAGAAGAACUUGAGAGGAGCUUGUUUUCUAAAGAUGAUACUUCAAUCUCUUUACCCGGAAGACAAAGUGGGGACAGAGAAUGGCGCAUAUCAAGAUCUGAAUUUGUCUCUGAUGACCAAUACGCUUUGAGUUCAUCUUGUCCAGUUCGUAGAUGUGUAGACGAGCAUGUGACAGAGAUAUACAAUGCAUUUUUUCCAGUCGUUUGUGAAUUAAUAGAGAAAUCUUUGGAUAAAUCUAGAGCUAUUGAACUCAUAGAAAGUUUCAAAAGGAUUUUGGUUAAUCUCAAGAAUUCCCCUUUCAAAAGAAGGAGAACUACUAUAAAUGCUGUAUCAAAUGGUGCUCGAUUGUUUAUUGAGAUGCUUCCCCUUUUUGCUCAAUUGUUGGAUGCCCUUUCGCUGAAGAGGGAGUCGGGUGUCAAGGGGAUAACUGAAAUUUGUUUGGCUUCUGAUCCUGUAAAAACGUCUGUUGCUCUGCCAGUUGUGUUUCAUGCCCUCGAUGAUUUAAUUUAUAAUAUUAAUACUUGUGGGAAGUUGACUAAAGAGUCUCUAUCUUGGCCUCUUCUGAAGUUGAAUAGAAUAUGUUCUGGUUUUGUCCUUGCAAGUGGGGAGGAGCUUCCUUUUGGAAUUGUCACAUCUGCAUUUGAUGGAACUCGAAUGUCAAAGUGGAAAGAACCAAAUGGUGCAACAGGUUGCUGGAUCAUAUAUAAGUUAAUUGAUAACCAGAUGCAUGAGCUAGUGGCAUAUGAAUUGAUGUCAGCCAAUGAUGCUCCAGAGGCAGAUCCUAUGGACUGGGUCGUUGAAGGAAGUGACGAUGGAGGCUCCAGUUGGCACAUUUUGGACAAACAAAUUUCUCAGACGUUUGAUACACGCUUCCAGCGAAAAACAUUUGAAGUCAAAUCACACAAAUUGUUAGCAAAUGCCUUCAGGUUUAGGUUUCUAGUAGUUCGAGAUGCAAAAGCAACUUCACAGCUUCAAAUAGGCAGUAUUGACCUCUACGCAAGAAAGUCUGGAUAG